ACGCAGCUGCUGUGCGCCGUGGAUCCACUGACACUAUGGAUACACGUUAAAACUUCCAACAUGAAGGAUAAAAGUAAAACGCGCCGCUGGGAGAAGAAGAGUUAACAAACCCAACUUUACUCUGUCAAGCAUGGAGCUGUGGAGCUUUUGGUUUUGGGUCUGUGCCUUCCUCUACGCGCAGCUUGUGGCAUGUUUGGAUCUUCACCUCACGGAGACUUUGCAACCCGGCACUCUCUUGGCCAACCUGUCCCUCGGACCGGGAUGGACGUAUAAACUGGACAGGACUUUAUCACCUGAAACCACGCGGGGACUUUUCCAAGUCGGGAAGCAGAGUGGAACUAUCAGACUGUCCCGGAAAGUGGAGUGUGCGCGCAUGACGAGGAACCCCGCGCCUGUUCACUUCAGGAGCAACUCCUUGACUUCUGGAGAUGUCAUCUUGACACAUUUAAACGUGUUUGUCCACGGACAGGACUGUUUUAUUAAAUACAAGAGAAAGACAUCUGCGGACAAGGUGGACAUUCACAUUAAACACUCUUUAAAAGUGGAGGCAACUUCCUGUCUACCUGCAGGGCUUUUGCUUUUCAACGCAACAGAACUUUUGCCUUCUUUAACAAGGAGCACCUCCUUCCUGGACACCAUGUGUGUUGGACAACAUUUUGCUGCGCUGUUUAGACAUGGAGGUUUAUUUUUUGCCAAGGACUUGUGUCCUGAAAGCAUCAGGACAGUGGAUUUGGAUUGCCCGCUGCACAGCUCUGAAGGCGUCCGACUCAACAUGCAGCUCACUUUGGCUUUUGGAAUCGUGCCUAAAGAUGGAUUCAUACAGGCGACAACUCAGGAAAUCACUGGGAAAUCAAUCCGGAGAGGUAAGCGACAGGUGAAUACGUCCCCCCAGUUCCAGCUCCCCAACUACCAGGUGUCGGUGCCUGAGAAUGAACCUGCCGGGACGCGGGUCAUCACCCUUAAAGCCACAGACCCGGAUGAUGGCGAAGCAGGGAGACUGGAGUACGGCAUGGAAGCGUUGUUUGACAGCAGGUCUAAUGACUUCUUCACUAUUGACACUCAGACAGGCAGCAUAGCAACCAUUCAGGCUUUAGACAGGGAAGUCAAAGACACGCAUGUUUUUAAAGUGACAGUCCGGGAUAACGGAACGCCGAGAAGACAAGCCACUUCUUACCUGACUGUCACUGUGAGCGACACCAACGACCACGGCCCGGUGUUUGAGCAGAACGAGUACAGAGUCAGCAUACGUGAGAAUGUAGAAGUCGGCUUUGAGGUGAUGACCAUCCGCGCUACCGAUGGGGACGCCCCCGCUAACGCUAACAUGAUCUAUAAAAUAAUAAACAGCGACGGCGGUAACGUCUUCGAGAUCGAUCCCCGUAACGGCUUGGUGAGGAUCCGAGAGCGACCAGACAGGGAGACGAGAGCUCAGUACCAGCUGAUUGUGGAGGCUAACGACCAAGGCAAGGAUCCGUGUCCUCGCAGUGCCACGGCGACGGUCCACAUCUCUGUGGAGGAUGAGAAUGACAACUACCCACAAUUCAGCAAAAAGAGAUACGUCGUACAGGUGCAGGAGAACGUGGCCAUCAACACCAAAGUCAUCCAAGUGGAGGCGACAGACAAAGACGAAGGGAACAACGCUAAAGUACACUACAGCAUCAUCAGCGGCAAUGUCAAAGGUCAGUUCUACAUCCACUCCCCCACUGGCGUCAUUGACAUCAUCAACCCUCUGGACUAUGAGAUGAUCCGCGAGUAUAAUCUGAGAAUAAAGGCGCAGGAUGGCGGCAGGCCUCCGCUGAUCAACGGCACUGGGAUGGUGGUGGUACAGGUGGUGGACGUCAACGACAAUGCCCCCAUGUUUGUCAGCACUCCUUUCCAGGCUACCGUUCUGGAAAACGUGGCCAUCGGCUACUCUGUCAUUCACAUUCAAGCAAUCGACGGUGAUUUUGGGGAGAACUCCAGACUGGAAUACCGGCUAACGGAUACUACUCCUGGUUUCCCGUUUACCAUCAACAACAGCACCGGGUGGAUUACAGCAAGUGAAGAGCUGGACCGGGAGACUAUUGAGUUCUACAGCUUCGGCGUGGAAGCGAGAGACCACGGCAUUCCUGUCAUGUCGUCCUCAGCGAGUGUUAGCAUCACUGUGCUGGAUGUAAAUGAUAACGUGCCUACAUUUACAGAGAAGAUCUACUCGCUUAAAAUCAACGAGGAUGCCGUCGUAGGGACUAGCGUGCUCACAGUGACUGCUCUGGACCGCGACGUCAACAGUGUAGUGACCUAUCAGAUUUCCAGCGGCAACACCAGGAACCGCUUCGCCAUCACCAGCCAGAGCGGUGGUGGUCUCAUCACUCUGGCCCUACCGUUGGACUACAAGCAGGAACGGCAGUAUGUCUUGACAGUCACUGCCAGCGACGGAACCCGCUCGGACACUGCGCAGGUGUUUAUUAACGUCACGGACGCCAACACGCAUAGGCCCGUCUUCCAGAGUGCCAACUACCAAGUGAUGCUCGGUGAGGAGCAACCCGUUGGAUCCACCGUGGUAGUGAUUAGCGCGACGGAUGAAGACACGGGAGAAAAUGCUCGCAUCACAUACAUCAUGGAGGACAGCGUUCCUCAGUUUAAAAUAGACUCCGACACCGGUGCCAUCACGACCCAGAUGGAGAUUGACUAUGAAGACCAGGCGUCCUACACUUUGGCUAUCAUCGCCAGAGACAACGGUAUCCCACAGAAAUCCGACACCACCUACGUGGAGAUUAUCGUCGUGGACGCUAACGAUAAUUCUCCUCAGUUUCUACGAGACAUGUACCAAGGCAGCGUGUUUGAAGAUGCUCCUGUCUACACUAGCGUCCUCCAGAUUUCUGCAUCAGACAGAGAUUCCGACUCAAAUGGAAGGCUAAGCUAUACAUUCCUGGGCGGUGAUGACGGUGAUGGGGACUUCUUUAUCGAGCAGUAUUCUGGCAUCAUCAGAACGGCUCGCAAGCUUGAUAGAGAGAACGUUCCUGUUUACAAUCUGAAGGCCUUUGCUGUGGACAAGGGGGUUCCACCUCUGAAAGCAGCUGUCCCCAUACAUGUGGUCGUUCAGGACAUAAACGACAACGCCCCGGUGUUUGAGAAGGAUGAGUUGUUUAUCCAUGUGGAGGAGAACAGCCCAUUAGGGUCCGUCAUUGCCCGGAUCACUGCCACCGACCCGGACGAGGGCACAAACGCUCAAAUCAUGUAUCAGAUAGUCGAAGGGAACUUUCCACAGAUUUUCGAGCUGGACAUCUUCAACGGCGAACUCUAUUCACUCAUAGACCUGGACUAUGAGACCAGAACAGAGUACGUCAUCGUGGUCCAGGCCACCUCGGCGCCUCUAGUGAGCCGGGUCACCGUGCACAUCAGGCUGGUGGACAUGAACGACAACAGGCCAGUGCUGCAAGACUUUGAGAUCAUUUUCAACAACUACGUCACAAACAAGUCCAACAGUUUCCCAUCAGGAAUAAUCGGGAGGGUACCUGCCCAGGACCCGGACGUGUCGGAUAAGUUGCGGUACACGUUUCAGUCUGGAAACGAGCUCAAUCUGCUGCUGCUCAAUGAGGACACGGGGGAUUUGCGGCUGAACAAGGACUUGGACAAUGACAGACCGCUGGAGGCACCGAUGAUCAUCUCUGUCACAGACGGCGUUCACGUCGUCUCCUCCCUGUGCACGCUGCGCGUCACCAUCAUCACGGACGACAUGCUGACCAACAGCAUCACGGUGCGCCUGGAGAACAUGUCCCAGGAGAGCUUCCUCUCGCCUCUGCUCAGCCGCUUCGUGGACGGCGUGGCGGCCGUGCUCUCCACCAGGCGGGAGGCCGUGUUCGUGUUCAACAUCCAGAACGACACCGACGUGCAGGGCUCCAUCCUCAACGUCACCUUCUCGGCCAUGCAGCCCGGCGGGGGCCCGGGGAAGGGGACCUUCUUUCCUUCGGAGGAGCUGCAGGAGCAGAUUUACUUGAACAGGACGCUGCUCAGGCUCAUUUCUUCUCAGGAGGUUUUGCCAUUUGACGACAACAUCUGCCUGAGGGAGCCCUGCGAGAACUACAUGAAGUGCGUGUCCGUGCUGAAGUUCGACAGCUCGCCUCCCUUCAUCGCCUCCGAGACGGUUCUGUUCCGGCCCAUACAUCCCAUCAACGGGCUGCGCUGCCGCUGCCCCGUGGGCUUCACGGGCGACUACUGCGAGACCGAGAUCGACCUGUGCUACUCUGGCCCGUGCAAGAACAGCGGCAGGUGUCGCAGCAGAGAGGGCGGCUACACCUGCGAGUGCCUGGAAGACUUCACGGGUGAGCACUGCGAGGUGAACGUCUCAUCGGGUCGCUGUGUGCCAGGCGUGUGCAAGAACGGCGGCGAGUGCGUCAACCGUCUAGCCGGCGGCUUUGUGUGCCAGUGUCAGCCCGGCGAGUACGAGAAGCCUUACUGCGAGAUGACCACGCGCAGCUUCCCCGGACAGUCCUUUGUCACCUUCAGGGGCCUCAGGCAAAGGUUCCACUUCACUGUAUCGCUCAUGUUUGCUACAAGAGAACGCAACGCCCUGCUCCUCUACAACGGCAGGUUCAACGAGAAACACGACUUCAUCGCUUUGGAAGUCAUCGACGAACAGAUUCAACUCACCUUCUCUGGAGGUGAGACCAAAACCACGGUGACCCCCUUCAUCCCAGGCGGCGUCAGUGAUGGUCAGUGGCAUUCUGUCCAGCUCCAUUACUACAACAAGCGAUGGAGUCGCUCAAAAAGCCUCCGUCGGCAACACUCGGAGCGUGGGCUCAUCAAAGAAGCGCCGCAAGGUUCAUGUUCCCCUAACAUCGGGCGCCUGGGGAUCCCGCAUGGACCCUCCGGGGAGAAGGUGGCUGUGGUUGCCGUGGACGACUGCGACAUCUCCAUGGCGAUACGCUUCGGGAAGCAGAUUGGGAACUACUCGUGUGCCGCCCAGGGAACGCAGACUGGACAAAAGAAGUCGCUCGACUUGACCGGGCCGCUGUUGCUGGGUGGCGUCCCCAACCUGCCCGAAGACUUCCCUGUCCGAAACCGACACUUUGUGGGUUGCAUGAGGAACCUGAGCAUCGACGGCAGGCCCGUCGACAUGGCCAGCUUCAUCGCCAACAACGGAACCGCAGCCGGGUGUCCAGCAAAGAGAAACUUCUGCACGCCGAGUGUGUGUCAGAAUGGAGGAGUGUGUGUUAGCAAGUGGAACACAUACAGCUGCGACUGCCCAACUGGUUACGGUGGCAAAAACUGCGAACAAGUGAUGCCGUCACCUCAGUUCUUCGACGGCAAGGCUCUUAUUUCCUGGAGCGAGCCGGACGUCACCAUCGCGGUUCCCUGGUACAUGGGUCUCAUGUUCCGGACUCGGCAGCCUGCAGGCACCUUGAUGCAAGCCAACGCCGGCCCCUCCUCCACCAUAAACCUCAUGGUGAGCGAGCAACAGGUUCGUAUGGAGGUGUUACUACGCCAACAAAUGGUGGCGUCCCUGAGCUUUUCGCAAGUUCGGGUCAACGACGGGGAGUGGCAUCACCUGCUGGUGGAGCUGAGAAGCGUAAAAGAGGGCAAGGCCAUCAAAUACAUGGCUGCCGUAUCCCUAGACUACGGCAUGUACCAGAAGUCGGUGGUGAUCGGCAAUGACCUCCCGGGGUUGAAGCUGCAAACUCUUCAUGUUGGGGGUUUGCCUGCAGAGAGCAAUCAUGUCAGGAAAGGAUUUGUUGGGUGCAUACAGGGCGUCCGCAUGGGUGAGACGUCCACCAACGUGGCCAACGUCAACAUGGCCCGCGGCCUGAAGAUCCGCGUGGAGGACGGCUGUGAUCUUGCCGACCCGUGCGACUCCAACAUCUGCCCUGAGAACAGCCACUGCAGCGACGACUGGAGCACACACACCUGUGUCUGCGAUCCAGGUUAUUUCGGUAAGGAGUGCGUCGACGCUUGUCAGCUCAACCCGUGUGAGUACGUUUCCACCUGCGCUCGCAAGCCCAGCUCCUCCCACGGAUACACCUGUGAAUGUGGUCACAGCCACUACGGCCAGUACUGCGAAAACAAGAUGGAGAAGCCGUGUCCUCAGGGUUGGUGGGGGAGUCCCAUGUGUGGACCCUGUGGCUGCGACCCAAGCAGGGGCUUUCAUAACGACUGCAACAAGACCACCGGGGAGUGCCGCUGCAAGGAGAAUCACUACCGCCCAGAAGGAGAAGACUCUUGCUACCCGUGCGAGUGCUUCUCCGUCGGCUCUGAGUCUCGAACCUGCGACCCCGUCACCGGGCAGUGUCCCUGCAAGGGCGGAGUCAUCGGUCGCCAAUGUAACCGCUGCGAUAACCCGUUUGCCGAGGUCACCCCCAUUGGAUGUGAAGUGGUGUAUGAAGGCUGUCCUAAAGCAUUUGAGGCGGGCAUUUGGUGGCCCAAGACUAAGUUCGGACGUCCGGCUGCCAUGAACUGUCCCAAAGGAUCCAUUGGCACCGCCAUUCGCCACUGUAGCGACGAGAAAGGCUGGUUGUCGCCCGAGCUUUUCAACUGCACCACCGCCUCCUUCGCUCAGCUGAGCAAACUGAAUGAAGAGCUACGCCGUAACAGCUCAAGGAUGGACACAGAGCGCUCCAAGAACAUAGUGCGUUUGCUCCACGCCGCCACCAAUAGCACCAGGAGUUACUACGGCAACGACGUGAAGACUGCCACCCGGCUGCUGAACCACGUACUGCAUUACGAGAGCCGCCGGGCGGGAUUCGAGCUCACCGCCGCCAAGGACGCGGAAUUCAACGAGAAUUUGGUUCGAGCCGGAAGUGCCAUACUGGACCCGGACACGAAAGCGCACUGGGAGCAGAUUCAGAAAACAGAGGGCGGCACGGCUCACCUGCUUCGGAAUUUCGAGGAAUAUGCAAACACCUUGGCGCGGAACGUCAGGAAAACCUACCUGAAACCCUUCACCAUUGUUACGGACAACAUGAUAUUAUCCGUAGACUACCUUGAUGUUUCGGAUCCUCAGAAGACCACGUUCCCUCGCUUCCAGGACAUCCUGGAGGAAUAUCCCGAAGAGCUCAGGUCUUCAGUCCACUUCCCACAAUUCAACAUGCAGCCUCAGCGGCACAGAGUGGAGACCACUCCAGCUCCUGCAGCUCAGACCGCCACCCCACUAGCGGAGGAGCACACGGCGUCUGACAGGAGCCGCCGCCACCUUGAGCCAGGCGCUCAUCUGCCGGUCGCCGUGGUGAUAGUAUACAAAUCUCUAGGGAAGCUGCUUCCUGAGAGAUAUGACCCGGACCGCAGAAGUCUAAGGGUCCCCAACCGCCCUGUGAUUAACACCGCCAUAGUAAGCGCCACAGUGCACAGCGAGGGUCCGCCUCUUCCUGUGGUUCUGGACCCGCCCAUUACAUUGGAGUACUUGCUGUUGGAGACGGAGGAGAGGACGAAGCCCGUCUGCGUCUUCUGGAAUCACUCCCUCGCGAUCGGAGGGACCGGCGGGUGGUCCUCAAAAGGCUGCGAAGUGCUGAGCAGGAACAGCAGCCACAUUAGCUGUCAGUGUAACCACAUGACCAGCUUUGCCGUGCUCAUGGACAUGUCCAAACGAGAGCACGGCGAUGUUCUGCCCCUGAAGAUCGUCACCUACACCACAGUGUCUGUCUCCCUCUUCCUGCUCCUGCUCACCUUGGUGCUGCUGUUUCUCCUGCGGCGCCUCAGCUCCAACCUGCACGUCAUCCACAGGAACCUGGUGGCGGCGCUGUUCUUUUCCGAGCUCGUCUUCCUGCUCGGCAUCAAUCAGACUGACAACCCGUUUGUUUGCACCAUAAUCGCCAUCCUCCUGCACUACUUCUACAUGUGCACCUUCGCUUGGAUGUUCGUGAAGGGGUUGCACAUCUACCGCAUGCUGACUGAGUUGCGCAACAUCAACCACGGUCACAUGAGGUUCUAUUACGCCAUGGGCUGGGGCAUCCCGGCUAUUAUCACUGGCUUGGCUGUCGGCCUUGACCCUCAAGGUUAUGGGAACCCCGAUUUCUGUUGGCUCUCCGUCCACGACACGCUCAUUUGGAGUUUCGCAGGACCCAUAUUUGUAGUUGUCCUGGUCAACAUAGUGAUCUUCAUCCUGGCCGCAAAGGCUUCCUGUGGUCGCAGGCAGAAGGCGGUUGAGAAGUCGGGCGCUAUCCUGGCUCUUCGCAUGGCCUUCCUCCUGCUGCUGCUCAUCAGCGCCACCUGGCUGCUGGGACUGAUGGCAGUCAACAGCGACGUGCUCACCUUCCACUACCUCUUUGCCGGCUUCAGCUGUCUGCAGGGAGUCUUCAUCUUCUUCUUCCACAUCGUCCUCAACAAAGACGUGAGGAAACAUCUCAAGAACGUCUUCACAGGAAAGAAGAACCUACCGGAGGAGACGGCCGCCACACGGGCGUCUUUGCUCACACGCUCCCUCAACUGUAACAACAUGGAGGACAGCCAUCUGUACCGCUCGGCCAUCGGCGGGUCCACCCUCUCCCUGGAGAGCACGCUCAGGGAAGAGUCGGGCCAGAAGCCCAGCGUCUCAUCCGGAACCGCGAAAGGCCACACUGAUCUCGACGGGCCUCUCUUCCACAGAAGUGGCUCCAAGGCCGACGGUGAGUUCCUCGCCCGUUUCGAACCGCAACAUCCGUGUGACCUCCAUGUCGUCCACCCUGCGCCAGACUCCGACUCGGACAGCGAACUGUCGCUGGACGAGAACAGCUCCUCCUACGCCUCGUCUCGCUCCUCGGACAGCGAGGACGACGACAUGGAUGUCAAGCCCAAGUGGAAUAACGAGAGGCAGCCUGUUCACAGCACGCCUAAAGUAGCCUCGGUGUCCAAUCACGUGAAGCCGUACUGGCCCACGGAUGCCACGACAGCCAGCGACAGCGAGGACCCCGGUGGUGAGGAGCGGCUGAGGGUGGAGACGAAGGUGAACGUGGAGCUGCACGCUGAGAAUAAGCUCAAGCACAAUGGAGAACGAGACAAGGAAGCGCCUCAGGAUAGGGACAAGGAGACCAGCAGCAACGCGAAGGACACGACAGCGCCAACAACGCAGGCCGGUCAGACCAACAGCAUCCAGCAACCAGAGCAGAGAAAAGGUAUCUUGAAGAACAAGAUCAGCUACCCGCCGCCGCUAUCCGACAAGAACAUGAAGAACCGUCUGAGGGAGAAGCUCAGCGACUACAACUCCCCCACCAUCACCUCCCCUUCGCCCAACAACAACAUGGCCGCCCCGCAGACUCCCACUUCCGUCAACAUCAUGGCGCCGACGUCCCGGCGGACCUCCUUGGCCUCCAACGACGGAGGAGGAGGAGGUCGUCCGCCCGGCCACCAUGACAACGGCUCCGUCGUCAAACCACCCGUCGCACCGCGGCCGCAGAUUCCCGCCGAGGCGUUGCCGGCGGCGAUCUACCGCGACACCAACGGAGGCGUGGCGAUGCACUUGAAGUCGGGGACGCUCAACGGCGGCAACGGAUCUGACUCCGAGGACAUCCAGACCAGCCCGCCGUUGUAGGAGGACAGGACGGGAGGAGCCACACCUCUCUCUCGGAGAGCAGUAUUAAAGAGCAGACAUGAGGACGGCCCCUCGGACAAAGAAGGAUAAAGGGAACAAACUCUUACCAUGUGAGGACCGUACGGAACCUGUGCCAUAAAAGGAAGGACAAGAUGGAGGCGCAGACGCUCUAAAUAUGAAGACUUCCUCUUGGAAUGUGUUGCAGGGUGACUUCACCUCCGCAUGUUGGUGGAAAGACUUUAGGACGUCAACAUGUUGGUACAUUUGUAGUCCAGGUGGAUUUCAAGGACACACACACAGACACACACGGGUGCUCCCUUUGUUUUUCUCUUGUUGAACUAUUUUCAUCAAACUUGAAACAAUCAGGGGAGCGUUUUGGACUGAGGCCUUUCAAGCACACACGUUUAAUCAAGCCAGAAAGCACUAAUGGAAGGAUGGAGAAGCAUUUUAGCACUAGAAACCUGUGAAGCCUUCUUUUACGCUCACCAAAGUCACAAGGCUUUCGCCUUUUUACAUGCUUCAAAAACGACAUAUUUGGGAAAGGCUUAAAGACAGGUGUCAAAGUCAAGGCCCGGGGGCCAAAUCUGGCACGCCACAUCAUUCCAUGUGGCCCGCGAACGCCUGGAAAUAAUACGCGUCAAUAAAAUAACCUUAUUUUUUCUUACUAAAUGUAUUUGUUCUUUCCAUUUUGACAGAAACAAAAUAUAUGUAUGGCAUGCAAUUAAUAUUAUUUAUGUUAUAUUAUAUUAUAUUAUAUUAUAAAUUAAGAUAUUUAAAUAUUUUUAUUUUGACAAAAAAAAGUUUGGAA